AUGGUUAUGGAUAUGGAUAUGGAUAUUUGGGCGCAUGUUGUGCGCAGGAGCAAAUGUGAAGCAACUACAUGGGCAGAUGAAAGAGAACAAAUACGGACAAAGAGACAUUCGGGUCAAAAGCCACAUGGGAUAGACAGAACGGACUUGCUCACGGUGGCUGAACCCCUCAAGAAAGCUAAUGGCGAAUGCUGGUUCAUCUACGAACAAUGGAAAAAAUCCAGUCGCACCGAUCGCCUCCAAUGUUCAGUGCCCGCGAAGGUUUCCGAUCCUGACGGUACUACAAAGGCACUUUACGCUGUUUUAAAACUGAAGCGCGCCUUGGAUUGUUACUGA